CGCGACUCUACCACUGACGAGUCGAGCAGUCCAAGAAGAAUUGUCACGGCUGUAACUUGCACAAAUCCUGCUCAUCGAUCGCAUCGAGCGACACACCAUGGGAGGCCACAAUAACCACGGCGAGGAUCAAAAAGUCGAGAAGGGAUAUGCGACUCUUGCGACUCUCAGGGUCGGAGUCCGAGCAUGGGUUGAUAAGGAUGAUGAGAAACGAAAGGCCGAGAUUCUAUCAAUUCAGACGCGUAGGGGUAAACCCACAUUCUAUGUCCAUUAUCAGGACUUCAACAAGCGAUUAGACGAAUGGGUUGCAGCAGAACGCAUUGAUUUAUCGAGGGAGGUAGAAUGGCCGCUGCCCGAGAAGGCAGAUGCGAAGCAGAAGAAGACUACGAGCAAGACCACAGCAAAAGCAGAAACCUCGAAAGCAAACAAAGCACCAAAGCGAUCUCGAGCAUCGUCCAUCAGAGAGCUUUCUGCAACACCGACCGAAGCAUCUCAAUCCUCAAGGGCAGGCACGCGUCGACCAUCACUCGCCGGCAAGGAUCACAGAUCGCCUUCUGUGGCUGUCGUAGCGACAGAGGCCAUCGACGGAACGCCCCAACCGGAUGGAGAGAUUGAUGAUGAUACUGUGGAUCUCAUCGACGUGCAAAAUGCCGCCGCUGCCGCAAAGGCUGUACCAGAACACCUAUACUCACGCGAAGAGGAGAUCGAAAAGCUCCGCACCAGCGGUUCAAUGACGCAAAAUCAGACCGAAAUUAGCAGAGUCCGAAAUCUGGAGAAGAUUCAAAUGGGCGCCCACGAGAUCGAACCGUGGUACUUCUCGCCGUACCCAGUCGAAUACUCUGACUGCGAGCUGGUGUACAUCUGCGAAAUGUGUCUACUCUACUUCGGCAACGAGAGACAAUUUAAGCGACAUCGAAGCAAGUGUACUCUGUUGCACCCACCUGGGAAUGAGAUAUACCGCGAUGAGGUGGUCAGCUUCUUCGAGAUCGACGGCAGGAGACAACGGACCUGGUGUAGAAACCUGUGUCUUCUGAGUAAGCUUUUCCUGGACCACAAGACUCUUUAUUACGACGUGGACCCCUUUCUCUUCUAUUGCAUGACGACACGCGAUCAACACGGUCAUCACCUCGUCGGUUACUUCUCAAAGGAGAAAGAGAGUGCGGAGGGUUACAACGUUGCAUGUAUUCUGACCCUGCCACAAUACCAACGUAAGGGAUAUGGUCGACUACUCAUUGCAUUCAGUUACGAGCUCAGCAAACGCGAAGGCAAACUUGGAAGCCCCGAGAAACCGCUCAGUGAUCUUGGAUUGUUGGGUUAUCGUGCUUUCUGGCAGGAGAUCAUUGUAGAGUUCUUGAUGGAGAGCAAAGGCGAGAUGAGCGUCGAAGACAUUGGUGCACAGACUGCCAUGACGACCAACGAUGUGCUGCACACAUUGCAGAACCUGAACAUGCUGCGAUACUCUAAAAACCAUCACGUGAUUGUUCUCACAGAAGCCAUACUCAAACAAAGAGAGCGACAAAAGGAAAAGGAAAAAAUCAAAGGCAACAAACAUCAGAUCGACGCAGAAAAGCUGCAGUGGAAACCACCAGUGUUCACGGCAGCAAGCAGGACAUGGAAUUGGUAACGCACAGCAGCGUGGUGUUUUAUUGGUAGACAGAUGAAUUACGAAAGGGAUGGAUGCGGGUUUAUGUUUUGAUCGUUUUCUUUUUCAUGACAUGCUUUAGAUACCCCCAAUGCAAUGGAGAGACGACAAUCAACCCGUGGACUGUGUUUCUUGACUAGGAGCUGCCAGA